GACUCACUGGUCUGCUCUAUUCGUUAUGGAUGAUCAACGCUUUCCAGCUAAUGUGCGCAUUAUUGGAGUGAUGCACAAAGAUAAAGUUAAGAUGUUCAUGAUCUCUGUGGUCUGGUCUGAUAGGAAUGAGGUGAUCAUCUACAGAUCAUUCCAAGAGUUCAAAAAACUCCAUAAACAGCUGAAAAAGAAACAUCCAUCGACAACUCCAUUACGCAAAUCUGACAGAAUUCUCCCCAGAUUCAGAGGCGUGAAGAAGAACUUCCAGAAGAAGGGACCGAGUAAGAGUGUCCACCGGGUCAAAGCUCUGGAGAAAUACUGUACAGAGCUGCUCCAGUGUGACCCCAGCGUCACACAGAGUUCAGAGGUCACCCAGUUCUUUCGGCCAAAAGAUCAUGACCUAGAGCCAGAAUUUGCCAAAAACAGCGUCAUUAUAGUUCCAUCAGAUGACCUAGGAGAAGGGUCAGCAAAUCCACAAAGCAAGCGCCUCAGUAUGGGCAACGUCACCCAACCUUUCAUGACUCAGACCUACCGCACUGUUGCCCCCUACGAGACCAAGGACACCAAGAAUAGACCCUUCAAAGUGGAUGUAGAGGAAACCCUGGAUGUCCUCAUCAAAGACCAAAAAGGCUGGUGGCUUGUGGAGAAUGAGGCGAAAUGUCUUGCAUGGUUUCCUGCCCCAUUCUUGGAGCCGUGUGAUGAGGAAGAUGACGAGGAUUAUUUGGAUGCUGCUUCCUUUGAAGAUACAUUGUACUGUGCAGCAAGAAACUAUAUCUCUAAAAAAAGAGAUGAAGUAUCAGUAAACAUUGGCUCUGUGGUGGAAGUGUUGCGCAAGUCUGAUGAUGGCUGGUGGCUUAUCAGAUACAAUGGCAGGGUUGGUUAUGUGCCUUCCAUGUAUCUCCAACCUUACAACAACCCGUACGUUGGCCUCCAGAAGAAACUCCACAGCUCUACCUUCAACCUGUCCCAGCUGUCGGGCAGCCCGCGUGGACAGCUGGCCCCGACUAGUCACUCCCGCUCCAUGGAGAACCUUCUAGAACCAAGCCGAGUGCGUGCCCACAGCAUGCCCGAUGGUGCGGCAUCCGCCCCUGCCUCCGCAGACCACCAGGAGCCGGACAGCCGCAAGAGCAGCAUGAGCACAGCCAGCGACGACACCGACUUCAGCUUCAGCUCCUCAGGGAGCCUGUCGGGGACGGAGGCGGAGGAGGCAUCCGGGGUGUCCAGCGGUGAGACGAGCCCCAGCGGAAGUCCCAGCCCCAGCGGCAGCCCCACCACCGCCGGUGUCCCGCCCAGAGUGCCCCCCCGGCCCCAGACCCAGGAGAUCUUCGCCCGCUGCACCACCUACACCCGCAAGGCAGCCAUGGCCUCCAGGGCCCGGCUCUUCCCACAGCAGCACGAGAUCCAGGCGCGCUAGCGAGCAGAAACUGAAAUGUGCCACAUCUGAGCAAAAGCAAGAAGAGACUUCUGCGAAGUAGAUCAACAGAACAUUAACAUAACAUAACAUAACAUAAACCAGACCAUUUAUAUAGAAAUGUUCAUUGUAUAUUUCAAUUUUAGACAUUUACAUGGAAUUUCUCCCAUCCAGCAUGUUGUCAGAUGCUAGAGAGUAUUUCAUUGGCCUACUUAAUUGUAUGGGCUCCAUGCUACUUUUAUGGAUUUGCUAGAAUGGGAUUAUGACUAACCCAGCAGGUUAUGUAAGGUUAUAUAAUGCAUGUUAUGGGUGUAUUUUCUCAAGGGCCAAAUGAUGCAUGCGUUGUGUAUUAUGAGUUGAUUUGUCUAGUCACUUGGUGGAGACACAUUCUCUGCCCUACGUAUUUAAAGAUUGGGUGUUACACACCUGUAAAGCUGCCAUGACGUCCAGAAAUCUUCUCGCUGAUAGAGUGGACAGCCCAGGUUCACAUACUGGAGAGAGGUCAUAGAUGAGAGGGGAAUUUUAUGUCUAGCUGAGACUUAGAACAGGAUUCAGUGGAGUUGAUAGGACAGGACAUUAACAGAGGAUUGACAAGGAAAAACAAAAUGCCGCAAGGGCUGAAUAAUGUAUUAUCUAGAUGCAUAUGUAUGUACCAUAUUUUAACUGUAUUCAAACUGUAUUAAAUACAGUAUCAUGUAUGCUGCCUAUGAUCAGGGUGUAUUGAAUUGAUGGAUACUGAAUUGUUUCGGCUCCAUAGUUACUAUCUUUUUAGUCUAUCUUUUUUCUUAUCGUUUCCAAUGGGUGUCAUUCUUAUCUGAUGUCUAUGGACAGUCCUGUCUCUCCAAAGUUCUCCAAAGCACCAUAUUUUGUCAGGAUUUCGACUAAUCUAGUUGUUUGUAGUUCUUGUUGUUCUUUUCCUUGUCUGUUUGUUUUUCUGUUCACAUAUUGGUUGUCUGAGAAAUGUUUGCUCAGCUUUUUAUGUCAGAAUGUCAGGGAUGACCUCAUUUGAAAGGUAUGUAUGGCUUGAAGCCUCUUGUAUUCCACACUGGAACUUUUUUUUUUCACUUUGCCUUGUGACAUGAUAUUUCUUUUAUGACUUCAAACUAAAAUAAAUGAAUCUACUUGUGAGUAAAAACA